ACGUGGCAGAGCCUCGCCUCUUCCUCGAGGCUGGGGGCCAGUCCGCUAGCUUGUUUCCGGUUCGGUAGGUCCAGGAUGUCGGAGCCGGGCGCCUCUCCCGAGGACCCCUGGGUCAAGGCAAGCCCCGCGGACGCGCACGCUGGCGAGGGGAGGGCGGGUCGUGCUCGUGCACGUAGGGGGUCCGGAAGACUAGGGGCUCCCCAGCUGUCCCCAGAGUCUCCCCUGCUGUCCGGGUCCCGGGACUGCAGAGAAGACAGCUCUCACCCGGCGUGCGCGAAGGUGGAGUACGCCUACAGUGACAACAGCCUGGACCCUGGGCUUUUUGUAGAAAGCACCCCCAAGGGGAGCGUAGUAUCCAGAGCUAAUAGCAUCGGUUCCACCAGUGCCUCUUCCGUCCCCAACACAGAUGAUGAGGACAGCGACUACCACCAAGAGUCCUACAAGGAGUCCUAUAAAGACCGGCGGCGGCGAGCACACACUCAGGCUGAGCAGAAGAGGAGGGAUGCCAUCAAGAGAGGCUACGAUGACCUUCAGACCAUUGUCCCAACCUGCCAGCAGCAGGACUUCUCCAUUGGCUCCCAGAAGCUCAGCAAAGCCAUUGUUCUACAGAAGACCAUCGACUACAUCCAGUUUUUACACAAGGAGAAGAAAAAGCAGGAGGAGGAAGUAUCUACGCUCCGCAAGGAUGUCACAGCUCUAAAGAUAAUGAAAGUAAACUAUGAGCAAAUUGUGAAGGCACAUCAGGACAACCCUCACGAGGGAGAGGACCAGGUCUCUGACCAGGUCAAGUUCAACGUGUUUCAAGGCAUCAUGGACUCCCUGUUUCAGUCCUUCAAUGCAUCCAUCUCUGUGGCCAGCUUCCAGGAGCUGUCAGCCUGUGUCUUCAGCUGGAUUGAGGAGCACUGUGAGCCACAGACUCUACGAGAAAUUGUGAUUGGUGUCCUGCAUCAGCUGAAAAAUCAGCUCUACUGAUGGAUCCUGCAGGGCAGGUAACAAGAGGCUUCUGAGUCUGUUUGGCCAUGGAACUGCUGGGCCUAUGAGAUUGGACUGCGAUACCUCACACCGGUCAGCUGGUUUCUACUUGGUGUUUGGUUUUCCCAGCCUCACUUGAGUGGGGUUGAGUGUUUUGUGGAAGUUUCUGAUUAAUUUAUUAUACUGACGACAAUGUUGACCUACUCAAUCUUCCCCCUCCCAGCAGAAGUCCUCAGGACAGGAGUCUGUUCUGGGUACCUCAAAGAACCUUGGCCUCUCAGCCUUUUCCCUAAGCCUCAGAUUUGUGCUCAUGAUCUAUAUAUAUUUGCAAACUGUUUGCCUCUGUUUUGGUCUCUUGGGCAACAUUUGGCUCAAGUUAGGUAUUUUGGCAGUAAUUGGGUAGAUGAAAAGAAAAUAGUCACAUAGCCAUGAAGGGUGAAAGGCCACUUUGUACCUACACUAGGGCUGUGCAAUCAGUACUAAGUGAGGCCAGGGUUUUCUGGCCAGAUCAGGGUAGGGCUGUAGGUUCCUGCUUUCCCCUCAUGUUCUGCCACCACCACCCUCCCCUGCUGUGGGUGCCAGGGGAAGGAAGCAAAGCUUCAAGCUACUCUUGUCCUCUACCCAAAGGCAAAGGCAGGUCUCCAGCACUACAUAUUGAAUUUUUUUAUUUUUUCUAAAUACCAAUGUGCUGUUUUGCUACAGUUACAAUUUUGAAAAAUCAACUGACCCUUAAAUUACCCCAGCCUUUCUGUCUAGCAUCUCGGACCAUCUGGAUCAUCUCCCAGUGUUACCUACAUUUCUCCCAGGACUUGGGGUAAAGCAAAGGGGUUAUAGAAGAUACUGAAAGGUCUCCAGGGGAUAGGCCUGGCGAUGCCUUGGGGUUCUCAAAUGCUGGUGUCUGUUAGCGUCUCUGUACUUGGGUCUCCCAUGCUCCCUCCUCAGGUUUGGUAUCUAGGAGGUUUGACUAUCCAGAGGAAAUUUAAGUAUUUUUGUAUCAAAGUAUAUUACAAUAAAUAUUGCCAAAUACUUUC